AUGCUGCGUGCCUUCAUUGUCCUAUCGUGCCUUAUGGCCAUGGCGUGGGCUGAUCAUUUGGGUCCCGAUUAUCAUCCAGUAGAUCGUAGCUAUAUACCACCAGGUGGAGUGGAAGCUGCCACCAACACGGAUUCCUCAUACUCUAUUGGUGUACAAGGUUCCAAUGUUAAACUGGAUACAGGAUUUGGUUCGCCCGCUGGGGCUGGCAGUUUUGGAAACAAUGCAGCUGUCAAUGCUGUCAAUGCUGGCAGCUUCGGAACUUCUUUUGAUCAAACACAACAAGUAUCCGGUCCAUCUAUUGUGGCUGGUAGCUCUGCUGAAACCUCUGAUUUCACAUUAUCUCAAGGCAAUUAUGAAUCCGCUUCGAAUUCAGCACCCUUGGUUAGUGGUGGCAUCGAAAAAGAAUUCUACACUUUUACUGCCGAUGAAGAAGAUUUUGCCCAACCUGCUGCCACCAAUCAAUUUGAAAACACUGUCAACAAAGGAAUUCGUGUUAUUUUCAUAAAGGGUCCCGAAAACGCUGGUCUAGAAAAUGCCAUCGUUGGUUUGGCCCAACAAUCCGCCAAUCAAAAGACCGACAUCUAUGUACUUACCAAACAAACAGAUCUCUCGGAAUUGGGCAAUAAAUUGAGUACCGUCAAUGAUAAUGCCAAUCACAAACCUGAAGUCCACUUUGUAAAAUAUCGUACUGCCGAAGAUGCUGUUCAUGCUCAGCAUGCUAUCCAAGCCGAAUAUGAAGCAUUGGGUGGUCCAACACAACAUUUUAACGGUGGUGUCGCGCCAUCUUUAAACUUUGCUUCUCAAGCUGCAGUGGUUCAAGCCGUUCCAGCAACUCACUCUGCUGUUGGUAAGGAAUCAAUGAUUGUUGCAAUGGAUAAUGUUGGCUCAACUUAUCUACCAGCUUCUGUAUUUCGUCUGUUCCGUUUGUAA